AUGGUCGUCUGCGAAGCCCCGGUCCAAGGCAUCGUCGGGGCAUACACGGGCAACAGCUUCGCCCUGCAAGCCACGAUCGCCAGCUUGCUAGGCUGUGCUCUGUACAGCGCUCUCGAGUUAAUCGUCUUAGUCUUUACCAUAUUCCAAAAGUAUCAUGGUCUUUACUUUUGGAGUCUGCUGGUGUCGGCCUCGCUCGGGGUCAUUCCCGACGCGCUCGGGCUUCUCCUGAAGUAUUUCGAGCUCGCGCCCAUUUGGAUUCCCGUCACAUUAUCGACUGCCGGAUGGGCCAUUAUGGUGACGGGCCAGUCUCUGGUGCUGUAUUCCCGACUUCAUUUCGUUCUACUCGACAGAAGAAUCCUUCACUUCAUACUGGGCAUGAUCAUAUUCGACGUGAUUCUGCUGCAAAUCCCUCAGAUCAUUGCUUCAUACGGUGCAGUCUACGUUUGCGACCGAAAUUUUCAAACCUUCUUCAACAAGUGGGAAAAGGUACAAUUGACGGUGUUCUUCGUGCAAGAGAUCAUCAUAUCGACAUUUUUCAUCGUGCAAACCACACGGUUGAUGCGCCUAUAUCCAACACAGAGCACUCGCAGGGCGAAUAUUCUGUACCAAUUGCUGGCAAUCAACUUCAUCAUUAUCAUGAUGGAUAUAUCAUUAUUGGCUUUGGAGUAUACGGGAUUGUACAUUACGCAGACGGUUCUCAAAUGCUUCUUCUACACGGUCAAGCUUAAGCUAGAGAUUGCGGUGUUAUCACGGUUGGCAACGUUUGUGCAGUCACACUAA